ACGAAAUAAGCAGGACAUUUUCCACAAUUCCUGAUCGUUUCGUGACAUUAUAUUAAUUUAAAUACAUCAAUCCCGAUUGGUCCACAUUGGAGGAAGUAUAGUAUGGACGUCAUUUUAGUAUGACAUCUAUCGCUGGAAUAGGCCUUUUCGAACGAGACGAAUCAGAGCCAAACGAACUUCUUCAAAAAGAACGAAGAAAUGAAUGUAGAUGUAAAGGCGCCAAAACGGUUCUCCUUGGCAUAUCAGAAUGUGACCGAGAUACCGGAGAAAGUGAUGAAGACGUAUGGAGGAACACUGGAAGAACUCGAUCUCACACACAAUAGCUUCUCAGAUUUCAGGUUCUUAAUGGAUCUACCGUGCCUCACCACAUUAAUUCUCGAUCACAAUCACAUUGAAUCACACGUCAAAUUCCCAUCAUUGCAGAGUCUCCAUACAUUAUGGAUGAACCAUAACGACAUUGCUAACCUGGGUGUCAUCAUCAAGACAUUGAGCACAUACUUCCCCAACCUUCGUUAUCUUAGCCUGAUGAACAAUCCUGCGGCUCCGAGUUAUUUUAAUGGCGGUACACUCAUCCAGUACACAGACUACAGGCAGUAUCUGAUCAGCCAGCUGCCCAAGCUCGAGGCUUUAGAUGACCAACCAAUCAGUAAAGAUGAUCGCCGGGAAGCCGAGCGCAUAUACGGUAAAGCUGUACCCGCCGACAAAGAGGUGGUCGAGAAAAAGGUUACCGAUAGGAAGGCAAGCGUUGCCAGGGAGAGCAAGACGUCACGGAGACGCUCAUCCGCGCUCAAUGAUGGAGUCUCACUGAUUAAACCAAAAUCAAGGAAGUCUCGAGCAAAACUUUUCGAUGAUGACUGAGUUUUGUCGAUUGAAUCGUACUGUUGCAAUACAAUUAGUAUAAAUUAUAGUCAAUUGAAUCACAGUUUUUUGUGAUAAUCAGAGUCUCCCUUUAAAGCAGAAUAACAUAACCUUCUUGAUCCUUUAAUAACUUUACCUGUACCUCCUGGCUGUUCAUGGUGCUAUUAUUCAUAAGUGUAAAAGGGGCCGAGUGGAUUGCGAUAGUACCAAAAAGUACAGAGCAAAUUUAUUGAGACAAAGCAGGAGAGAUUUUGACGUUCUCAAAACCCAUUUUGCCAUUCUUUCUGAAGGAAAUGAGUACUUUUCACCGUUGUUGAGUGGAAUAUCACAACAAUUAAUAUUGUGCUAAAAACUAGCAUAUAUUCAGAUAUUUUGGUAGUUUCAAUUGUGACAAAAAAUGUUACUACAUGUAGGUCAAGGUUAAGUGAUUACAUCUUAUAUUACUUUCUUCAUCACAUGCAAGUUUCAGGAAAAUUGCCCUUUAGGCCACCACAAUCCAAGGGAUUGUUUCUCAACCACUCAGUCCUUUAUCAUCCAACUAUGUAAACAAUAUUUAUUAUAUAUUUGGUGCUAAAUUUAAUAAACUGAUUGUAGUCGUUUUAAAA